CGUAAUAUAGCCAAUCGCUUUAAUAGUAUAUAGAAUGUAAUAAUCAAACAAAAGUAAUUAUAAAAAACAAUCAAGUGUAACUAGAAACGCAAUGUGUUAAGCAACAAGACUCGAAUAUGUGUGCAUUGUAAUAUUUGUACCCAAGUUGGCUGACAUCGAAGGUUUCUGGCCUCUCUCACAACCAGACAAAAACAAUGAGCAACUACAGAUACCACGGCGGGGGCGGAGGUGGCGGCGUCGGCGUUGGCUAUUAUGGCAUUGAGGUGCGCGACAUGCAUCAGCGGAUAUCUUAUCCGCAUCACUUUACAUUCGUCAGCUCCUGCGUGAAAUACAUGAUAUUCAUAUUGAACUUCAUGUUUUGGCUGUUUGGCGGCCUGCUGCUGGGCAUCGGUGUGUAUGCGUUUAAGGACAAAUGGGAGGAGGCGAACGGUUGGGUGAAGCUGGAAAAUAUUUAUGAUGUUGUGCUCAAUAUAUCCCUGGUGAUGAUCAUAACGGGCAUUGUCAUAUUUGUGGUCAGCUUUGCUGGCUGCCUGGGCGCACUGCGCGAAAACACCUGUCUGCUCAAAUUUUACUCGAUGUGCCUGUUGAUAUUCUUCCUCAUGGAAAUGGCCAUAGCCAUCAUUUGCUUUGUCUUCCCGCAAAACAUGAACUCUUUUCUCGAAGAUCAGUUCACUGAUAAGAUUAUACACUCGUAUCGUGAUGAUCCGGACUUACAGAAUUUCAUUGACUUUGCCCAGCAGGAGUUCAAGUGCUGUGGCCUGAGCAAUGCCGGCUACCAGGACUGGAGCAAGAACGAGUACUUCAACUGCUCCUCGCCGUCGGUGGAAAAGUGCGGAGUGCCAUAUAGCUGUUGCAUGAAUGCGACUGACAUUAGCUCCGGCUUGGUGAACAUCAUGUGCGGCUACGGUGUGCAGGAACAUUCGGUUGCGGCCGCCAGCAAACUAAUUUGGACCAGUGGUUGCAUUGAAAUCGUGCGUGUCUGGGCCGAGCGCAAUCUCUAUACUAUUGCGGGCAUAGCGCUGGGCAUUGCACUUGUACAAUUGUUGGUCAUCUACUUGGCCAAAACCCUGGAGGGCCAAAUCGAAUUGCAGAAGUCACGCUGGGCAGCGUAAGGACACACACAUACACAUAUAGUCAGACUGCCAAUCGCUGUGAGAUAAGGAUAGAGCAUGUAUCCUUGCUACGCAGCUGCUCCACUUCGAGAUUGAUUAACCGAGCUAUUCAAAGAUUUGUUGCAUUUAGAUUCGGUUUUUUAUAUUCCACAGUAGCAGACUUUUCUUUUCUCUCUUUUUGUCUUUUAAAUGUUUCAAAAAAGCAUAUUUAUACACUAUUUAAAGAUUGUAAAUUGAACUUAUUCAAUUUGUAAAAGUCUGAAAUAAGUAUGUUCAUUUAAACAGAAACAAUUAAUGUUCUCUUAAUUGGUUUAUAUCGAAGGACCAAUUUAGCUAUAAUAUUACCACCUACGACAAUAUGUAUAUAUACAUGUACUUACUUAUAUAAGUAGAGAGUCGAGUCAAAUGAACAUACCCUAUUUUGUAAGUGCACAUUAAAUAGAGAUUGCAUUUUAUAAUAUUUAUGCUAACAAGGAAUAGUUAUUUUUGGAUUUCCGAAAAUUAAGCACCCCCUGCAGAGAAACAAAACCUUAUUCUUAUCAAAUCUCCCAAUUGUUCCCAAGACAUUUCUAUUAGAUAACUUCAAAACGCAGCGACUAGCAUGCUUAGAAACUGACAGGCAGACAGACGAAUAUGUCCUAGAUCAAGGACAUAUAUUUUAUAAGGUCUAAGUUAUCUCCUCGUAUGCGUUACACAGUUCGUGACAAAAUUGAAAUAUCCUCUGCAUGGGUACAAAAAUAGCGUAUAACUUAUAAACAAUAUACUCAUAAAUUAAGACAGAAAUAAAAGUAG